AUGAAAUUGUUCGCUGCUGCUAUUGUACUUGCUUUCGUCGCCGUCACUGUAGCCCAAAAUGCUCCCAGAUUGAGCUUGGAUCAGAUGCUAAAGGUCAUAGCUUUGGCUGAUGAAUGCACCAAGGAGACUGGCACCAGCAAGGAGGCCAUAUUGGCAUUGCAACAGGGUGAUUUCAGUCAAGUUGAUGACAAAGUGAAGUGCUUCAGCAAGUGCUUCCAGGAACGAUUGGGCUUCCUAGUAAAUGGUGCUGUCAAUGAGGAGGCUGUGCAGAAGUCGUUGGGUCCUUUGGCUGGUGAAGAGAAAGUGAAGGCAAUUCAAGCUAAAUGUAAUGGUGUAAAGGGCGCCGAUGACUGUGACACCGCGUUUGAAUGGUAUAAGUGCUAUUAUGAGGAAAAAGGUCUUGCAUAA